AAAAGUCAAAGUGACGGAGAAAACGAAGCAACCAACAGCCGAUGCCGUUCACCGUGCACUUCCCGCCGCCAGCCGCCGCAGCCGGGGCCGUGCUGGCCGCAGCCGGCGCCGUGCUCACCGCAGUCGCGCUCCGCCGGUACCUGUCCUCGACCCGACGGUCACCCGCCUCCGCGAGCACGUCCGCGCACUGGAGCAGCAGCAGCGCCGCCGGCGCCGGCGCCACGCUCGUGGUCUCCGGCAAGUCGCCGCAGGACCAGGAACUCCUUGCCUCCGCGGCCGGUUCCGUCGCCCUAGGAGAUGGAGAUGCGGGCGGGGAGCUCACCGUAGAGCUCGCCUCCGACGCGCCCGUGGCCGGCGGCUUCGACGCUGGCGCGUACAUGGGCGCCCUCCGGGCGCGGCGCUUCGGGAGGUGGCUGCUCUGGUCGCCGAGGCUGGCUUCCACGCAAGACCUCGUGGUGCAGAACUUCUCAAAGCUUCCGGUGGGCGUCGUGUGCGUCGCUGACGUGCAGUUCAAAGGGCGAGGCCGAUCGAAGAAUGUGUGGGAAUCGCCACCCGGAUGUCUGAUGUUCUCUUUCACAUCACAGAUGCAGGAUGCACGGAAGUUGCCCCUUAUGCAAUAUGUUGUCUGUCUUUCCAUGACCGAAGCCAUCAAAGAACUAUGCCGUGCUAAGGGACUACCAGAACUUGAUGUAAGGAUAAAGUGGCCUAAUGAUCUCUAUCUGAAAGGACUAAAAGUUGGUGGGAUUCUAUGUACCUCGUUUUACGAACCAAAAGUCUACAAUGUUUGUACAGGUAUUGGAUUGAAUGUUGAUAAUGAAAAGCCUACCACAUGUUUGAAUGCUGGACUUCAAGAAAUAAAGGCUAAUUCACCAAGAUUGAAACGAGAAGACAUAAUAGCAUCCUUCUUCAACAAAUUUGAAAUUCUUUUUGAGAUUUUCUCAAAUCAAGGUUUUCAGGCUCUUGAAGAGCAAUACUACGACUCGUGGCUUCACAGUGGCCAGAAAGUUGUCGUACAAGAUGUACAUGAAGGCCAGUCUCUAGGCAGUGUCGUCACUAUCCAGGGAUUUACACCGGCCGGUUAUUUAUACGCUAUUGGCCAGGAUGGCGAAAGCUAUGAGUUGCACCCUGAUGGCAACAGCUUUGAUUUCUUCAAAGGAUUGGUGAGGAGAAAGAUGGAAGCAUAGUGCAUCAAUACAGAGAUAGGUACAGCACAGAUUGCAGAGGGGAUGGAAGAUAGUUAUGAAUGGAAUGAGAACGUGAUCUAAAUAUCAGCACCUUCACAUGCAUCCCAUUGGGUACUCCAAAACAUAAAAGCUGUUCUUCGAAGAAAAAGCAUAGUAGAAGAUAUGUUCUCAUGACAGGUCUGAACAACUGCUUGGAGAUACUUGAAAGUUUAAACUUCACGAAGACUGAAUUUUAACGUCAAGUAAAGAAAAGUUAUAGGACCGAAGUGACAACGCUUGAAUGAACAGGAAGAGGCAGGAAAUUAUGCAACGCCUCUGCUGAUAUGUGAACUGCUCUGAAUGUGUUGGGUGUAGUAGUAGUACUUGUAAUGAUCAUGUUUCGUGAAUUGAAUUUGAAAGUAUUUUAUACGUGUACUGCGCAGAGAACAAUGUCACAA